CGGCCGCUCUUUUCCAACGUCACUUCCAGGAGCGCGUGUAUCUUAUGUAUCCGCGUAUUUCACAUUUUUCCUCCGUGAAGCUUUCGGGCCGAGGGGAUCCAGAACAGAAUCUCCGGGUGAAACUUCUACUUAGCAGAAAUGACUGAGGCAGAAGUAAAUCCAAAAGCUUAUCCUCUUGCUGAUGCUCAACUCACCAAGACACUACUGGAUCUUGUACAGCAGUCUUGUAACUACAAACAGUUACGCAAAGGAGCCAACGAAGCCACUAAAACUUUGAAUAGAGGAAUUGCAGAAUUCAUUGUGAUGGCUGCAGAUGCUGAACCUCUUGAAAUUAUCCUUCAUCUCCCACUACUUUGUGAAGACAAGAAUGUGCCCUAUGUGUUUGUGCGUUCCAAGCAAGCCUUAGGACGGGCAUGUGGUGUUUCUCGGCCUGUUAUUGCCUGUUCCAUUACUAUCAAAGAAGGCUCACAACUCAAGCCUCAAAUUAAUUCUGUCCAACAAUCUAUUGAAAGACUAUUGGUCUAAAUCUGACAAGUAACUCAAAAAACCAAGACUGUAUAUGCAUAUUUUGUUUAACAGCUAUUGCUUUACAAUGUAAGUCAUGUUCUUAUAAGAUGGAUGGCCAUAUAAAUGAUUAAUAAAUGUUUAUUAGGUUUUUAAAUCUAGUGGAUUACUUUCUUCAGUCAUAGGUUACUGCUUAGGACCAUAAUUAGAGAUUGUGUUCUUUAUUAAGUCAAGAGACAAAUACAUGCUCAUAAUAUUUAGGACAAUAAUUGCAGUUACUAGGCAGUAAUGACAAGAGGUAAAGAUUUGUGAAAGUUUGAGUUAGAAAAAAAGUUCUAAUCCCAAAUUGCUAAAGUUGGUGAGCAGCUUGCUGACUUUAAGGAUGGGGACUACCUGGAAAACCUGCAGCAUGGUCAAAUGUUUUCAACUUCCUUUUUUAUGGAUUUUGAGGGUGGGAAUUGGAGGCUUCCCAGAGAAUCUGCCUGAAUUUCUAUCCUAAAACCACCGAAUGUUCAGGAAAUGGGCUGAACUUGCUCUAUCAGAAUUCAGCAAGUUUACCAGUGAAUUUCAGUGACAUGACUUCAGAAUGCUCGGGACCCAAAUAGGGACUUCAUAUUGUUCACCUCUACUUGAGUGUUGUGUAUCCUUGCUUUAAAUCUGUCUGAUGCAAAACAAAUCUUCGGUGGGAUUUAAACUAAUUCUUUGAUAAUAACUAGCUUCAUUUGAAGAUGACUUUGUGUAUAUGUUAGGGUUUAAAUAAAACAAAGUAUAUAUUA